AUGGAUCUCGUCGCAGGUGUUCGGAAAGAGGGCAGCCGCGGUGGCCGCGGCGAUUUCAAAUGGUCCGAUGUCAAAGAUUCCGCGCAUCGCGAGAACUAUCUCGGCCACUCAGUCAUGGCUCCUGUCGGACGCUGGCAGCAGGGAAAAGAUCUGAUGUGGUACGCAAAGGGAGACGGUGAUGACGAAGAUCAGGCCAGAAGGGAACGUGAGGAGAAACAGCGCGUCAAAGAAGCUGAAGAAGAAGCGAUGGCGCGAGCGCUAGGUCUUCCGAUACCGCCGAAGGCGUCAGACAAUGCCAACUUGGUGCCUCUUGGGGACAAAGAUGGACAAAGGACUAUAAAGGAGGAGGCUACAGAAGAUCGCGAUGAGGAAGAAGGAAAGGGCCUUGGGUAUGGCUCGUCCCGACGCAGCGGCCAUAGUCGAAGCCCGGGGAGGGAUCGAAAGCGAGACCGCCCAGGCGACAGAGAUAGGGACAGGGACAGGGAACGAGAGCGCAGGCAUCGCAGGCAUGGUGAGGAGCGCGAGCGACGUCAUCGCAGUCAUCGCCACAGAUCUAGAAGUAGGUCGCGUGAUCGUGAUCGCGACCACAGAAGAAGACGCUCGCGAUCACGGUCAAGGAGUAGAGACCGGAGACGUGACGACCAUAGGAGACCGCGAGAGGAUCGUCAUCGCGCUCACCCGAGAGAAAGAGAUUCUCCCGAUCACCAUCGACGACGCUGA